GGGAACUAUGGACAAAUAGUGUCAGUAUUCCUCUGAAUGUUCGGCUAAAGGCAAUUCUAGACUGUGUAAAAUUUAGUUACAUUUGGAAAGGUUAUUUCGGUUCGAUAUAUUUAUUCAACAGUAUCCGUGCCUACAACAGAUGGGUAGGUGCCGAGGUUGGUUAGUUACGCCGCAGCAUACUACAUAGUGUGGGGGGGGAGGCCAAAUAGAUUCCAACACCGAAACCGAAACUCCGCAUAAGUUGAAGUAAAUCCGCUGAAUAGAGUUCGACUCAUGAUAUAUUCAAACAUCGAGACACCUGGAACAAUAUAAUUAGUUUGUCACAAAGCAUGGAAUCAACGUCAAGAUUGAACAUGCAAGAAAACAGUCCCACGAUAAACAUUGACGUGGUUUCUGAGAUACCACUAUUUCAGCGGCCGCUAGGCGUCAGUAGCCUUGGCUCUUCGCUCUGGGCUUCGGCUUAUAGGGUUGACAGCAAGAAUGACGCUGGGGAAGAUGAGAGCUAUUUCAUGAAGGUAUCAAUUGGCGAGCAAGGGAGGGCUGCAUUGUAUGGAGAAUUUGAAUCUACGUCAAAAAUCCAUUCUGUCGUACCCGAUUUCAUCCCCAAGCCAAUUCUAUGGGGCUCGUUCAAAGAAAUACAAAACGCCCACUACUAUAUCUGCAAAUUCUAUAAACUAAGACCAGAUCUCCCGGAGAAAUUCGAGUUUUGCGCAAAGGUGGCCGAACUGCACUCCAAGAGCCAAUCGCCAAACGGAAAAUUCGGCUUCCAUGUGAUAACAUACAAUGGGAAUCUUCCCCAGGAGAAUGGGUAUGCUGAUACUUGGGAAGAAUGUUUCGUCAGUGGCUUUAGGCAUAUGUUAACCUUGAACAUAGACCGUGGGGGACCAUGGGAGGAAAUGGAAAAACUCAAAUCAGCUGUGAUAGAUAAAGUCAUUCCAAGACUUCUCCGGCCUAUGGAGUCCAACGGGCGAUUUAUCAAGCCGUGUCUAGUCCACGGCGAUUUAUGGUAUGGAAAUGCUGCCGUAGAUUCCGAAACUGGUUGUCCAUUGGUAUAUGACCCCUCUAGCUUUUACGCGCACAAUGAAUACGAGCUUGGAAAUUGGCGACCAGGGCGGAAUAAAUUUGACAGAAGCUAUUUCCUUGCAUACGAAUUGAACAUGAAGAAGUCAGAGCCCGUGGAUGAUUUUGAUGACCGAAAUGCCCUGUAUUCAAUACGCUUCAAUCUGCAUGCUGCAGCUCUAUUUCCGGGAGAGUUGAGCUAUAGAGAGUUGGUUAUAGAUGAAAUGAAGAGGUUAAUUGCAAAAUAUCCAAAUGGCUACGAGGAAGUGGAGGGCAUCUCAGCUGCGUCAACAGCUCAAGCUCUCUCUACUUCAUUUGAUGUGAACGAUAUAUCUAUCCCAGCAGUAGGCUUUGGCACGUUCCAGGGCGGCGACGGAAAUGGCCAAGUCAAGAAAGCUGUGCUAAAUGCUUUACGGGCGGGCUACAGACACAUCGACACUGCCUUGGCCUAUGGGAACGAGAAAGAAGUCGGCGAAGCCAUCAAGGAAAGCGGUAUUCCUCGGAAAGAGAUUUUUGUCACCACUAAAUUAGCUCAGACGUGGCAUAACCCUUCAGAUGUGGAAGAAGCACUCGACCAAAGUUUGAAGACCCUGCAACUCGAUUAUGUAAUCGACCUCGAGCUGUCGCGAGCAUACCCGCAAACUUGGCAAGCAAUGGAGAAGUUGGUGGAUAGUGGCAAGACGAGACUGAUAGGCGUCUCAAACUUCAGCAUCCUCAAGACAAAGCGAAUCCUUGAAAUUGCACGGAUCCGACCUGCCGUAAACCAGGUAGAAAUACACCCAUAUUUCCCUCAACAGGAGCUUCUGGAUUUCUGCUUUGCCGAGGGGAUCCACGUCACCGCUCACCAGCCCCUCGGAGGCCGCCCAGUCGCCCCGCUAACCCUCUCAACGAUUGCUGAAAUUGCAAAAUCGAUUGGCAAAUCACCUGCCCAAGUCCUCCUUUCCUGGGCGCUCCAGCGUGGUGUGUCUGUUGUUCCCAUAACAGCUCAAGAGGACAGAAUGGUAGAGAACCGAGCACUCUCUCGCCUCGCCGACGAAGAUAUGACGAAGAUCAAUAAAAUUGUCAAAUCUACGGGCGCGGUCCGAUACUUGGAUCCGAAAGGGCAUAUUGGGUUUGAUAUCUUUAUGGAGUCUGUUGACGAACCAGUUGCGGCUGCCGAAUAA